UCAGAUGUGGUCAGGCUGUGAUCCCAGGGACGUGCGCUUCAACUACCAAACUUUGCCGCGCUUUGGGGAGCAAGGGCCGCCCGCCAUUGCUGCUCCCGACAUGUUCAACAUGCAGCCAAUGUACAUGAACAGUACUGCGGGAUACUACAACCACGGACAGCAGGUACCGUAUUGGUGGCCUGUGCAAAACUUUGUCCCGCCAGCAUCCGUCAGUUUUGCUGCGGCACCUCCACAAAUGAUUGGAGGCACAACAAUGAUGAUGCCUGGGGCGCCAAGUAUGGGUCCUGGUGUGUUCAUGAGAGAUGCUGACGACGAGGUGGAGCAGCAAUACAUAAAGAAGCCGCCCAACGCCUUUAUGGUUUUUGCAAGGAAGCAUCGCAAAGCCCUGAUGGGAAAACUGGACAAAAAAGACAGCGCGUCUGUCAACGUCAUCCUGGGAGAAAUGUGGAAUUCUCUACCACAGCAGGACCAAGCGAAAUAUUACGAGGAAGCCGAUGUGGAGAGGAGACGACAUGCACAGUUGUACCCCAACUGGUCAAUGUGUGACAACUAUGGCAAAAAGAGGAAGAGGAUGCGAGGAAAUGCUUCUGCCUCAGUUUCAGAUCUUGAAGCUCCUCAGCCCACAAGGAUGUGUAUGGCUCCCGUCCAGACCGGCUUGAUGGGUCCUGAACGAUACUCGACACAGGCCGAGUCCCAGUCUGUCAGCAACCUUGCGGGUUUGCAGCAGCCUAAAGCUAGCCUCUCUACCUUUAUGCACAACUUCCUCCCACCCGCUGCUCCCGCUUCAUCUGGGAUGGAAAUUUCCCAGCUUCUGAGCGGCGUCAAUUACCUGCCGGCUCCCCACGAUAAACUUCAGAGGCCACCGGCGGUCAACUCGUCCGAGCCUUGCUUGGAGGAAGAGCUCCACGUAAUCCUGGAUAGAUUCGAAGAAGAAUCCUCCACCACACAGACAGAGGAGUCGGUGGCGGAUCUGAUUUUGGAGGAGGAUCUUCAUAGUCUGCUGGAACGAUUCCAGAAGCCUUCGACCGCACAGUUCGGCACGGACAGGCUCCACUGCGUCUUUGAGGGCUUAGGGAUCACCACCACUGACACGGGUCAAUGUUGAGUUGCCGGGCCGAAUAGCGGAAGAGCCACUGAGCACAAGAAGUCAUCCUGGAGCAUUUAGAGUCCAACAGAUGUUUUAAUUGUUUCUGAAAUUCUCAGCGUUUACAACAAUUUAUUUUUUAUGCACCUGGACAAUAAUAUAUGAGCCUGAGCACUUUAUUUACGAUGGGAUCGCUUUCUUUUGGGAACGCACACAGUGGUCCUGCUGGACUAUCUGAACUUCAAGCCUGUGCAGAGCAGUUCUGUUUGUUUUUUUGUAACAUU